CUGGCACAAGUGUUUGGACAAGUAUUAGUGCACCAUUCUCAUACCGCCAAAUCUUUUCUCUGGUCCCUGGACGCUCACAGCGGGUAAUUGUCACCGCCGGGUCGGUCAUAUACCCAAAACAGGGCACAGACACGGGGACAGCCAUCGUCUUUGACCCUUUCCAACGCUGACCAUUCCAUACCAGUGGUCACUAUAUGGUGUUUUGCCCUACGUGACAUCAACCUCAAAGGAUUAUGGCCAAUUUAUGAAUACGUUUGACUUGCAGUGAACGGAUUACCACACGAUGUCAAAAGGCAUUCGAGGUCAAAGAGUAACCAAAGGUCAUUGAACCUCUACAUCCGGUCAUUGGAUAUUUGAAGUCUGUGUCCAAGUUUCCAGUUAAUUCCAACUUAGAAAAACAGCCACAGGAAAGAGUCACUCAAUACACAGCCAUGCACGGUCAGUGUCCUCAAUGGCGUUUACUUGUGGUCGCCUUGAUGAUGACAAGUGCGGUCAGUGUACUUGCCGCGAAAACUAAGAAGUGUCCGAGUGCUUUCUGUGCAUGUACCGGAAAGAGUGUCGACUGUUCCAAUCAUAACAGUCUCCAAAUUCCGGACGGUAUUCCAGACGGAACAAAAGUUCUCAGUUUGGCGGGAAAUAAACUGCUAACGGUGGACAAUGCCAAACUUCGGCGUUUAAAAAAAUUACGGUCGCUUGACCUUAGUAACAACAACAUAGAGGAAAUACAACGAGAUGCAUUUUCUGGUUUGAAAUCUUUAAGAUUUUUGCAACUUGCCGAAAACCAAUUGCAACAUUUACCUCAUGAUGUUUUUGAACUUCUUAAAGGUCUAGAAAACCUUGACCUUUCAAAUAAUGACCUUAAAAGCGUAGAAGGUACCUUUGUGAACAUGUCAAGGAUUUUACAACUGGACCUAUCGAACAAUCAUAUUACACAUCUAACAGCUCGUUCUUUCAAAGGUUUGAGUAAUUUACAGUACCUAAAUCUGGAGAGCAAUAAUAUCUCCAGAAUUGACGUGCUGGCUUUCUGGGAUAUGACGUCAUUGCGCCAACUGGUACUACGCAACAACUUCCUGCAGCAGGCAGACGGUCUGUUCGUUGAAAACCCCGAUUUACAAUCGCUUGACCUGGCGAAUACUCAUCUUCAAUCCUUCCCACAAGUGUUACCACUGCAUAUAGAGGUUCUUCAUUUGGACCAGAAUAACAUCUCUACAAUACGUCGGGGCGAUACGAUUGGCUACAUCAGACUUAGGACUCUGAUGUUGUAUGAAAAUUCGCUGACACUUAUUGAAGACGACUGUUUCGCGAACAUGCAAGAUCUACAGGAACUGUGGCUCAAUAUGAAUAAUCUGAAGGAAAUCCCUGUAGGCUUGCCUGCUAGUCUACAUCAUUUAAGCCUAGACAAUAAUAAAGUGAGUGUUAUAAAUAGUAACGAUUUUCCCGCCAAUUCCAAUUUGCAGAUUUUGUCUCUCCAAUCCAACGCUAUCACACGUCUUGAAAAGGGCGUUUUUCGGAACGUCGCAUCAUUGAAUGAACUUUUUCUUGGAGGAAAUAGCUUCAGUGUGUUUGCCAACAAUGUUUUUUCGCCUUUAAGUAAUUUACAAAAUUUGAACCUGCUUAGAUUUGACCUUGACCUUAUAGAAGAGAAUGCGUUCAAUGGUUUGUCUAAUUUGAAAUCGCUUGACCUUUCUUAUAUUCUUAUGAAAUCGCCAAGUGGAAUUCAAGGUAAUAUUUUCAAAUGGCUACCAAAUCUAACCACGUUGGCGCUUCAGGAGAGUCCAUAUAUUGCGUCUAAAUUGAUUUCCUCGCGAGAAAUGCUGUCCAGCAUUAGCUCCGUGCAAGACCUGAACUUAAUGGAUAACACCAUAACGAGUCUAAGUCUUACUUUACUCAGCAGUCUUAAACAGCUCAAGUCUAUAAAGCUUCCGGGAAACCCGUUCCAUUGCGACAGUCUAUUGCGCUGGUUACAGGAUUUCAUCAAGUUGGAGAGAACCAAGUUUUUUAUGCCUUACGAUAUAUUGUGUCAUACCCCAAUUGAGUUACGUGGUCAGCCUCUUGUAGAUGUCCAGUAUUCGGACUUCGUCCCCGCUACCACUACCACACUAUUGCCAAAGACAACCACACUGGACAGAAACGUUGAUGACCAAUCAAAUAAAACCAUACCAAUAGAACAGUCCAAUUACACCUCACAUCCUCAAAUGACUUCUAUAGCCCCAGUCGUCAACACAACGGUUGCUAAUGUUACCAUAAUAACUAGUGCUCACAAAGGAAAUGACGACAAUGACCAACCGGAAGAAGAAAAUUUUAUGAUGAUUACCGUAGCUACGAGUAUUUCGACUGCUGCAAUCAUCAUUGUAGUUGCCGUGGUGAUUAUAGUCAUAUUUCAUCGCCGGAGAUUUAUACAACGCGAUUUUGAAUACUGUCGAGAAAAUGAGGUGGAAUUUUACGUGUCUGACGGGAGUGAUCGUCCCCCGGUCAAACUGACCCGUGAGGAGAGGCAGUCACGUGGCUCUGUGACGUCAAAAGCAGAGGAAGAUAUUACCAACGAACUGGAUCUCAGUAUGAGGGUGUACACUUGGGAUGAUGGUGAACAAUAAUCUCAUUCUAUUGUCUAUGCGCAUAACAAUAACCGUUGACCUUCUAUUUUAAUAAGAAAUUAUCGGGAUGGGCAGCUUUGAUUCUCUUUGUAGAUAUUUCGUUGACUACAUUGUCUCCUGAGACCUGGUGAUACUUAACAUAAUUCCACUGAACUCUAUUGAUAUAUGAAUCUUAAAAUCUGACCUCUGCUGAUAUACCUUGAACUAUGACCUUUGGCAUCUUCUUAUUUGUGUGUACUUACCUCUGUUACAUGUAUAAUGCACAAAAAUAAAACAGACUGAAUGACUGACUGUUCAUCUGUACAACUUGUCCUACAUGGCAUAUUGACCUCUGACCUUAGAUGUUGUUUACACCUUGAACGGCCAAUGACGACCUCUAUUUAACAUUGACCUCUGAUCCCUUGAACAGCUAUCAGUUACCAUAAAGCGCAUAUUUGCAUUUACUUUGGGCCUCAGACGGAGGUUAACUCGAGCUCCAUGUUCAGCAAAACAUGACAUCUAUUUACAUAUUUAAUGUUGACCUCUGACCUCCAAUAGAAAUUAACAAUUUUGACAGUCAAUACUGACCUCUGUAUACAAGUACAUAUUUGCAUUAACCUUUGACCUUAGAAGUUAACACAUUGGACAGCCAGCAAUGACAUGUGGAUACAUAUGU